AUGGGCUACCUGUAUCUGCGUCGAGGUAGCAGGCAGAGGGUGGUCCUACUGGUCAUCGGCAUUCUGGUAUCAUUCGGGCUGGUAAUGCACACUUGGCCAUUUUAUUCCUCAUCGACUAGGUUCAAAUCGUCCUUUUCGACUUUGCCAAUAGAGCGGGCGGGAAAUACAUCGGGGCUAAUGCAUCAUCUAUGGGAGCCUUUUCUUCACGACAUCAAUGCUACUCACUUUGUCACGAGAGAAGGUUACCAGUACACGAUCAAAGAGAGCAAUCAUCGCUGGAGGGAGCCUUUGAAGAAGAAGUUGCUCAUUCUGGACGUGGACACUCGGCUUGACACAGGCGCUGGCACCCUCUUGAACAAAUCACCAUUAAACCCCAGCGAACUGACAGGGAGGUCGGGUGGGAUGAUGAACCACUAUCUCUACGCUAUGAUCCACGGUUAUGACUAUCAGUUCAUUCGAGCUCCCGACUAUUACAAACGACAUGGAACAUGGGUAAAGGUCCCUAUGAUCAAGCAGGCACUUGGGACUUAUGAAACUGUUGUGUUUCUCGAUGCGGAUGCUGUCUUUGUGUAUCCUGAGAUUCCCUUUGAAUGGUUGAUGAGUCUGUGGAACAUUACGGAUGAGACCCUAGUCGCCAUGUCCAACGACCCAGAUAGUCCGAGAAAUCGUGAUGGAAAAGGUUUGGUGAUGAUGAACACAGGCUUCAUCAUUGCUCGACAAAGCACCCGAACCCUGAGCCUCUUCCACGAUUGGAAUCAGUGCCCGACAGAGACGAAAUAUGAAGGUUGCAAAAGGUGGAUGAAGGAUUGGGCACACGAGCAAGCAGCCUUCUCCAAUCAUGUCCGCUACGACUAUUCAACAGAUGACGUACGCACGAUUCCACGCAAGGAUGGAAAUGGAGGCGACGGGGUUUUUAUUCGUCAUAAUUGGUUUCAUAAGGAUUCUCCUGCGAAAGAUUUGCGUCAGCUACUUCUUGAUAUACUGUCCCUUUCUUGCCAAGAACGGUUCAACGCUCGAAUCGCCACAUUCCCUGAAAUUCGGAACUAUUUAGAUCUUCAGUAUGUCACCCAUCUACCGUCAAUAGCCAGUCGGAGCGCCACAAGAUCAACGACGCUCAAAUCCGCCUCGUCUGGUCCCGACUCGAAUCGAAAUGCUCCUCCAGGGGUUGUCCCUGACUACAACCACCCUGAGGAUGUAUACUGGACGCUCAAUAUCGUUUUGGCAGUGAUCUGUGUAUUUUUUACCACGGCUUUCUUUCUCGUACGAGUUUUUGUCAAGCGUACAAUUAAUCGCAAUAUAGGGGUUGAAGAUUGUUUGUGUAAUUAUGUAUUGUACAACGGUCUUGAUGAGUACAUAGUGGCCCGAUAUGGAGCAGGUUACCAUGCUUGGGAGAUACGCAAACCGGAAUACUACAAUUGGCUCAAGUGGUUCUACGCCAGCACCGUUGUGUAUAUCCCCGCCUCCUUCUUCACCAAAGCGACCAUCCUCCUCCUCAUGGCACGAGUCUUUGCUGUCGAACCCCGAGUCUCCAAGGGAAUUCGAAUAUUCAUCUGGGCAUUACUGGUUGCAUACGUCCCAAUCCAAAUAUUGCGAAUCGUCAAUUGUUAUCCUAUCCGAACAUAUUGGGAUCCCAAAGUCCACAACGCCCAUUGCCUCAACCAACGAAAGAUAUUCUUUUCGGAUUUGUCGCUAUCAAUCGUUACCGAUCUCAUCAUUCUUCUUGCGCCGAUACCGUUGACAUGUCGACUUAAUUUGUCUGUCGGGAAGAGGAUCAAGAUUGUGUUGCUUCUGGGAGCUGGAGGGAUUGCGACGGCUCUCACACUCUUUCGAGUGGUUAAAGCCGUUGACUUUCUUAACUCUGACGACAUCACAGUGGAUUAUACUCCAAUUGCCAUUCUAACGAAUCUUGAAAUAACUAUUGGUUUCGUUUGCGCCUGCUUACCUUCACUCAAUAUGGUGAUUGAGCAUCAUAUUCGAAGACGAAGACGACAACGAGAAACCCAAACCGACCGCCGCGACCGAUCACGAGCCUCCAUGAUUAAAAGACAUUUCAGGUGGAUGAGUUCCACCACACAUGCAUCUCCACCACCAUCUCGACCUCCAAACAGAGCUUCAGGUGGAAUGAUUGACCUGGACGUGGAAAUGGCCAUGUUGACAGGUCAACCUGUACGGUUACGGUCAGAGAGAUUGAGUAGCACCGAGUCUAUUGGACUUCGGCCACUUGGUCAUCGACUUAAUUCAGGAGAUGGAAGACGAGAGGGAUGGUUAUCCCAAGGUCAGGACGAUCAAGACGAGUUGCAUGAUAACCUCUGGGCUACCAUGUUUGACUUGGUCGAUGUGUUGGCCAUCAAAUUUGCAGUGUCGUUGGUUAAACUUGCCUCUACUAAACAGAAUACUCAUGAGGCGAUUCUGGGAAUUCUAGUGUACGGUGGUCUCAUCACCGAUCUUCGAGGAGAUGUUCGACAAUUCUACGGCAUCGACGGAAAUGACAACCGAGACUGUUUUGCAGGGUGUUGCAAGCCUUGCUGCACUCUCAUCCGGGUCGAGAACGAAAUCAUAGGGCGAGAAAAGUGCCGAAAGCCCAGCGACUCCAGUGGGUACACUUCUCAACCUCCAAUGAGUUCAUCGUCAAGUUCUUCAAGUUCAGCUUCGAUAGUCUGCAUCGAGUCACCAUGUUCCGAUUCAGAGAGUGACGAGUGCCUUCCAUGCAUCCCUGAGGACCAAUCUGAGAAAUGUCCCUCAACUCGGAACAGCCGCCGUAGCAGCAAGAAUCGGCAGCGCUCGAUUGCCCUGGAUCCUGUUGCACCAACCGAUGCGACGCUUGUUCACGACCACGACCUUGAUAAAGACCCAAUGGGACCGACACCCCAUCUUCACGAUCACGACCUUGGCCAAGACCCAAAGGGACCGGCCCUUCAUCUUCACGGGAACCACAGGUUGAGCAAAGACGUGACCACUACUGCAUCCUAUCCACCCUCAAUUCACCAACUUCGAACCGAUACCAAGGCAUCGGCCAGUCCACCUGCAAUUCUCCGACACGAUCUUUUCGACGACGCUACGACAUCUACUAGUCAGCACAGCAAACAUGACCUUGGUUUCGAUCAAGUCAAUACCUAUCGAGCCAGUCCAGAACAUCAAAUCCAUCAGGAUGAGAUAGUCCCAGGAGCGUUCCCUUCAUCGUCCCACGAUUUGGGCCAAGACCUAGCCAGCGACCAGGCCAGAUCAGCUCACCCACAUGGGCUUGGAGAGGAUGAUGAAGUUACAAGGAGGCCAACGAACCAUGGUCUACACCAUCUUCACGAGGAUAAAUGA